AGAUUUCUUCUUGUGUGAUACCCAAACCAUUCUUUCACGAAAAAAAUCAUGUGUCUUCCCGAAGCUUUGGGUUUGGCAUGAGCGCGGAAUACAGCGGCCGCUGGCUCGAGUGCCAAUCGGAUGCCUCUGACGUAGGCCGCCAGAAGAUGGAAUCGGGCACCGAGGUUGGUGCGAGCGCAGUGCCGUGACGGCGCCUAUCGGUAAGCAGUGAGCCCUCAGUGGUGUCUCUCUCCGGGAGAGAAGGAGAAUCAACUGCAGGCGGAAUGUGACAGAGUAGCAUUGCACCUCCAUUGCAAUCCGGCUUUAGCACAAUCCUCGACAGGCGCUGCCACUGCAAGAAUAUUGCUGUAAUCGGCUUCUUCUACAGAACAGCCUAUCCUCCAGUUACUAUUCCAGGUCUCUUCACCUUGCCUGUGUCCGUCACUGCACUCGACACCGGGCAAGCUCACGGGCGCGUAUUCCAGUUGGGAAAGGAUGAAUUAAUAUAUAUCGCUGCUUUAAAUAUUUAUAUCAUCCGGUGUUUUUACUGGACAUUCUAAUAGCUUCUUGAUCUGACUCCACUGGAGAAGAACAAGAGGAUAUUUGAAGUGCAUUUGAAACAAUUUAUUUCGAGGAUCAUAUUUUCCCUGGACACGCUUUUUCGAAUGAGAAUUUUUCUGCACCAUGAGCACUAGUGCAGUACCCUACCAGCAGAGCUCCUAUGGUGGGGGCAGAGGAUCAGCCCCCAUACUCUGCUUCCGCUGUGGGGAGGCGUGCAAGGGCGAGGUGGUGCGCGUCCAGAGUGUCCACUUCCACGUCAAGUGCUUCACUUGUCAGGUGUGUGGCUGUGACCUGGCCCGCUCCGGAUUCUUCCAGAAGAACGGCGAGUACAUCUGCACGGCUGACUAUCAGCGCCUGUAUGGCACCAAGUGUGAUAGCUGUGGGGACUUCAUCACGGGCGAGGUGGUGUCGGCCCUGGGGCGGACCUACCACCCACGGUGCUUCGUCUGCAGCAUGUGCAGGAAACCCUUCCCAAUCGGAGACAGGGUGACGUUCAGCGGGAAGGAGUGUGUCUGCCAGCAGUGCUCCCACACGCUCGUCGGCACUAACGAGCCAAUCAAGAUCCAUGGGCCCAGCCACUGUGCAGGCUGCAAGGAGGAGAUUAAGCAAGGGCAGUCCCUCCUGGCCCUGGAGAAGCAGUGGCACGUCAGCUGUUUCAAGUGUCACACGUGUGGCAUCGUCCUCACGGGGGAAUACAUCAGCAAAGACGGCGUUCCAUACUGCGAGUCGGAUUACCAUGCUCAGUUCGGGAUCAAGUGUGAGGCGUGUAACCGAUACAUCAGCGGGAGAGUGCUGGAGGCCGGAGGGAAGCACUACCAUCCCACGUGUGCACGCUGUGCGCGGUGUCACAUGAUGUUCACAGAAGGGGAGGAAAUGUACCUCACGGGUUCUGAGGUGUGGCAUCCACCAUGUAAACAAGCUGCACGGGCAGAGAAAAAGUUGAAGCUGAGACGCACAUCAGAGACUUCUGUCUCCCCCCCUGGCUCCAGCAUCGGCUCCCCCAACAGAGUCAUUUGUGCCAGAGUGGAAAAUGAGAUCCUUAAUUACAAAGAUCUUGCCGCCCUGCCUAAGGUUAAAGCUAUUUAUGAUGUUCAGCAGCCUGAUCUCGUUUCCUAUGAGCCCUGUCACAGAUUCUCCUCCAAUGACAGGCUAGAGCACUACAGCUAUGGGGAGUCCCUGGGGACGCUCUCGCCAUACUCACAGGACAUCUACGACAGCGUAGACCUCAGACAAAGGCGCUGCUCCAGCCCGGCCUACAUCGAGUCCCCCACCUGCAGCCGGCAAGGCACAUCUCCCAGCAUGCCGCGUUCCGCCCAGCUCUACUGCCAUCUCGGCAGUGAGAGUGGCCGGAGCUCUCCCUAUCAGGGUCAGCUGGACACCCGGUCCAGCACACCUACCACCUAUCAAGCCCCCAAGCAUUUCCAUGUCCCAGCAACAGGGGAUUCCAACAUCUACCGGAAGCCACCCAUCUAUAAGAGACAUGCCACAAAAAGCAAGACCAGCGAGAACAUCAUGCAGUCUUACAAGUUCCCCUCGGCCUACUCCCCGGACCACUACCCAGAGUCAGACUACUACCACUAUGCCGGGUCCCCUAAAGUCUCUCGUGCCCCACGCCGGAGGUUCUCAUCGGGCGGGGAGGAGGACGGAUGGACUCACAAUCUGCACAGAAUCCAGAGUGGGAUUGGCAGGAUGAUCCUGAAGGAGGAGAUGAAGGCCAGAUCCGGUUCCUAUGACAACGACCCAUGGGCCAGCGGGCGCAGUUCCCGCAGCGGCAGCAAGGAGACGCUGCAUAGCAUGGGCUACAACAACACCGUGAACGGCUCUCCUAGAUCACACUUCAGCGCAGACAGUGACUCGUUCAUCUCCAAGUCUGCCUCCUUGCCAGGCUACGGCAGGAACGGAUUGCACAGGUCACAGGCUGCUGAUUACUUCCAAUACGACAGUGGAAAUGCAGUAAACUGGGGCAUUAGAGAGUACAAGAUUUAUCCAUAUGAAACGCUGAUAGUGACCACAAGGGGGCGGAAUAGGCUGCCGAAGGAUGUGGACAGAGCCAGGUUAGAGCGUCACCUGUCACCUGAGGAGUUCUACCAAGUGUUCGGGAUGACAAUGACAGACUUUGACCGAUUGGCACUGUGGAAGAGGAAUGAGCUGAAGAAGCAAGCCAGGCUGUUUUAACAGGAGAAGGUCCAGCCCGGGACCUGAAGCGGGUCCGCCAUACUCAAGAGCCCAGAAAGCAGGGCAACCGUGGCAGGGAGAUCGUUUGAGCCACAGACUGGAUUCAGACACAUGCCGUCCCCGGGGCGCGCUGCUGAACUUCCACAUCGCAAGAGAUUUGAGUUUGUUUGUUUUUUCCUCCUACAGACGGCCACGGCCCUAACCCGCACUAUUACUCAUCCUGAGACCCCGGCCUUUGCCUUAGAAACUGUAGGUGUGCACCAGCGACAUAGCAGGACGGCAAGUGCAGAGGCAUGUCGAAGAAGCGAAGCAUAACCACAGCUUGAUACUAACUGUGCAUUCAUACAGGAGUGACAGAUGCAGUUAUUUUUUUUCGUUUCUUUGUAACGUAGAAGCCUUCUUGCUCACAGCGACUGCAGAUCUAUUUUUUUACAGAAAGGGGUCAAAAUAUAUAAUAUAGCAUAGAAAAUAACGUGGAUUUGAAGUUUUUUUGGGUAGCCAUAUUCUGAUAUUGUAAGUUGUGACGUGUAGCUUGGAUAUGCCCUAAUUAAAACCAAAGUGGGGACAGGAAAAUGUAAUGCAAAGAAAGUGUGUAUUUUAAAUUUGGCAAAUGACUGGAAAGUCUUGUUAUUGUUGUGUUUUCAGAAAACAAGGUUGACUCGAGGAUAUAGGUCUGCUGAAUGUAUUCCCAGCUAAGAUGUAUAGAAACUAUAAAAGUAUGUCAACCAAAGGAACAAAAAUUUAGUGGUUCCUAUAAGUGCUGCUUAGCAAGACAUAGAUUUCUGUUCGUCUUUGGAAGGAGUGAGGUGCGUUUUUUCCUUGCAGUGAAACACUUGCUUUUGGAAGGACACUUUUCUGUUCGGUGAUAACCAUAUUUGUUUUAUACUUUGGUAUUAUAUACACACUGCCCAAUAAAUUAACUAAAGUGUACUUUUUGUUGUGGCCCGUAGACUGUUACUUAAACAGAAGGGUGUAUAUUGCAUACAUGUAAAAUUUCACCCAUUGGUCUUAUUUUAAUUCGCGCAAGCCACUGAUAUAGCUUAAGUUCUAAGCUUACUUGCAUCAUUAAUCGUCACUUACAAAUGAUUAAUUGGUAAGGAAGCAGGAAAUCGCGAUUUUAUGGGUGGUCUUAGUGAAACACUUCAACAGGAGAAAUCUCUCUCGGCUUUAGGAAGGUUUUUUUCUAUAAUAUAAUAGCCUAGUCUUGCAGUAAAGAACACUGCCGUUUAGAUAGACUGGUGUUUGAACUCGAAGGAUAGUCCGCAGAUCCAGUUAAGGAUUAGGCUUUCAUGAGACACAGCUUGUCAUUUUCCAGGCGCCGAGAGUGCAUGGCGCAGUCGUUGUUUGUCGUACAUGACUGAAUGUUAUGGAUCGUUACAGUGCUUAAAAUGUAAUUUCAGGAGUAGAAAACCUCUUUACUAAAUAAAUUAGUUACUUCAAAGCUUUUAAAUAAAUGAAUUUUAAAAACUUAUUUUUUAAUUGUACUUUUCUUUUCUAACUGUAACCUAAUUCUACUAUCUGUCAGUACUGUACCAACAAAAUAUGUAUACCUUAUAUUUAAAUAAAUGCAGUUUCCAUGUGAA